AUGGCCUGUGCUUUUUUCCAGAUACCUCCAUGGCAUCUUGAUAGAAAAUACAGCUCAUGUUCCACCAUAUUGCUAGAUAACAGCACAGUCAGCAAGCCUGAUCUUAGACACACACUGGAAAGAUAGGCAAAUAGAUCUCUGGCUAUUUUUGAUGAGCCAAUACAUCCACUUUCACAAGGAAAUUCUCCAGGGAAAUCCUUCGAGGAUGAUCCCAAACGCAACUGUAUUUUCAUAUAUUUCUGUACUCUUUUUCAAGUCACAAAACUAACAGCUCCAUGUGCAAUCGUAGCUUUGGUGUACAUCGAACGACUUUUAACUAGUGCUAACAUUGAUCUUUGUCCUACUAAUUGGAAAAAGAUUGUCCUCGGAGCCAUGCUUCUUGCCUCCAAGGUUUGGAGAAAUCAUGGUCUAUGGAGUGUGGAUGACAGCCAGAAUCCCAAGGACGUUGCAGUUGAAAACAUGAGCAAGAUGGAGAAGUGUUUUUUGGAGCUACUUGAGUUUAACAUUCAUGUGUCUGCCAGUGUUUAUGUAAAAUAUUACUUUGACCUGCGUGCCUUGGCAAAUGACCAUGACGUGUAUUUUCUAUUUCAUUUUCUUCACAAAGAUAAAGCCCAGAGACUGAAGGUAAGGAUUUGAAGUCACUUAGUGGAGUUUACCGUCGGCCACAGAAGCCAGCAUCUGGUGGGGCCUGGUCUCCCCUGUAGGGUAAGAUUGGAAGGCUUUGUCACCUACUCCCAGCUCCCCUCACGGCCUGUACUAGGGGCCUUAUCACUGGCAGAAGUCUUCCCCCAGGAGAUGAAGCAGGAGGUCCACCAGGCGUUCAUGGGCCACAGAGUCCCGUGUCAUUACACCUGCUUCUUGCUGCACCCAGAAGACAACACACUGGAGCACUUCUCAGUUCCGCACAGUGUCCAGGAGCUGCAGGAGAGCUCAGUGCUGUGCAAGGUGGUGGUUGGUCUGGAAUUCCUCUCACUGCAACCCCAAACCUACCAGUGCCGCUUCCAAAGCCCUUCCCUAGUGAAGCUACUUAACCGUAUCAGCGGGACCUGCAGAAACCACUUUGCAGGAAUGCAGAAGAAAAGGAUGCCAGCAGAGAAUUUUGCUACACUGGAGGAAAGAAAAGGAGACCUUGAGGAAUAUGGUCAUGAUCUCCAUACUGUCUUCAAGAAUGGCAAGGUGACAAAAGGCUACUCAACUGAUGACCCUACAAUGCAGCAGUCCCCUCAGGAUGAGCAGAAGCUCUUGGAUGAAGCCAUACAGGCUGUGAAGGUCCAGUCACUCCAAAUGAAGAGAUGCCUGACCCUUCGUGAGGAUAUUCAGGCUAUGACGCAGUUGGUUCUUUAA